GCUCUGGAGUGUGUAACGAAAUUUUUAGGUUAUGUGUUUCGGCAACGUGCGUACAAUCCGUGUAUUUUUUAUAGUGCUUUACAACUUAUAUUUGGAUUAAAUAACUGUAGUUAUGCUUUGUUUGAGUUUAUUAACAUAAUAAUCACAAUAAUCACAAAUCACGUGUGUGAUUUGUGAUAAUAAUUCUUCGUUUAUCAAAUAACGACCACAAAAUGGAUUUUUCGUUAUCACCUAAAAGAAAGUGUUGUGUACAUAAUUGUAAAGAUCAAUUUUUACCAAGACAUCGUUUUCCUAACCCCAAACAUUAUUCUGAACUUUUCAAAAGGUGGCUUAUGAUACUUAGACCGCGGAAUUACAUUAAUUAUACCGAUUUCGAGAUAUAUAAUACAUUUAGAGUGUGUGAAAGACAUUUUGAAGCCCACAACAUCAUUGCCGGAUCUCGAAGAGGACUAAAGUAUACAGCCAUUCCCACUUUAUAUUUAGAAGAAAUACCCUGUUCAUCCAAACAAGCAGAUGAAAUAUUGAGUUGCAGCCAGUUAAAUGUUGAACAAUUUAAUCUACAAGUCCCAGAAGAUGAAUCUCAUAAGAGUAAGCAGGAAAUGGAAGCAGAAUAUGGGAUAGAAAUAUCAGGUUCAUCGGAACAAUUCAACCAGGAAGCCCCAGAAGAUACUUUGAACAAAAGGACACAGCCAAUGGAAGUGAAUUCUGUGAGAGUGAUAAAGAAACGAAGAUUAUCUUUAUUGAAAGAUGUCGGAGUGACUCGAUCCUCUCAACUUGACCCAAGGGCCAACCUGCUCUACAAAAAGUUGACCACCUGGAGUGUGAAGAUGGCAAGGAUGGCUAGGAAAAUAACCUCCUAUAAAAUUCGUUUACAAAAAGCACAAUUAUGCAAUUCUGAAGGAUUUCAGAAGAUAAUGAGCCAAGUAAACAAUUACACACACCAAUUUAUUUUGUCACAAAUUCGGAACCAAGAACGUGCUCUGAAGUGUAGAAGGUAUACACUUGAAGACAAAAUUUUGGCAUUAUCACUGUACAAAGCCAGUGGAAAGGGAUAUAGACUAUUGUCAAAAAUUUUCGCACUUCCUCAUCCAAGGACAUUGAGCAAGUUGUUGCAAAAAAUUCCUUUACAACCAGGAAUUAACGAAAUUAUUUUUAAGUCUCUACAGGAGAAUAUUAGAGGUAUGAAGAAAGACGACAAAAUCUGUAUUUUGAUGUUUGACGAAAUGUCGAUUGAUGUAAAUGUAUAUUAUAAUCGUCACAAUGAUAUUAUUGUGGGAAUUGAAGAUUUUGGUCAUAAGAGAUCUUCUAAAUUAGCAGAUCAUGUCAAUCUUUUUAUGCUACGUGGACUGCAUCGCCAGUGGCGACAACCAGUUUCUUUUACGUUUUCGUCUGGGCCUGUGACCAGUGAAAACCUUAAAUAUCAACUUACAGAGGUAAUCAAGAACUGCUUAGAAAUAGGCCUAGACGUUGUGGCAACAGUAUGCGAUCAAGGGGCAUCAAAUCAAGCAGCUAUAAAUUCCCUUAUUAAGGACACCAGGGAGCACUUCCUAAGGGAGGGACAAGAAAAUCGAUUGUUUGGAUUUCUUGUUAAUAAUCAAGAAAUCGUUCCUUUUUAUGAUGUCCCUCACUUACUGAAAGGAAUACGUAAUAACUUAUUAAAUAAAGAUCUUCACUUUGUUAUGAAUAACAAAAAAGGGAUCGCAAGCUGGAAACACAUCGUGAAAUUUCAUAAUUUGGACAGUUCCGAACCAACAUUAAGAUUAUGUUCCAAGUUAACAGAUGAGCAUGUGGUUCCAGAGAAAAUUAAAAAAAUGAAAGUUUCCUAUUGCACACAAGUAUUUAGUUAUACAGUAGGAUCUCUAAUGAUGAGGCUUUCAAAAUGGGACACCAAUGAUGAGUUCAAUUUGGGGUCUGAAGUAAGGGAUAAGGCGGAUUUGAUCCUCUUUUUAGACCAGCUAUUUGAUAGCUUAAACAAUCAAGCUCUGCGUCAACAUCCCGGUAAAGUUUAUCGAAGCUGUGUCACAAUAAACUCUCCCCAUUCAGCAUUUUGGUCCAAUGCAGUUAAAGUGGUGGAAUCGAUGCAGUUUUUUUGUAACAAGAGACAGAAAUUUGUAUAUAAUCCAUCUUUAAAAAAUUUAGCACAUGCUAUAAGAGCUUUUAUGUAUAUAUGUAAAAUAUUAUUAGAAAAUAAGAAAUUUGCAUUUGUGGCAACUAGGGCUUUAAUCAAGACCCUAUUGAAAAUUUGUUUGGUUAUAUUAGAAGUCAUAAUUACCGAAAUAUUAAUCCAAAUGCUUCUCAUUUUGUGGCAUCAAUGAAAUCAUUGAUAGUCAACAAUUUUCUGGCUACUCAUUCACCUUCCUCUAACUGUGAGGAAGACUUAAACUCCGGAGGGUUAGACAAUCUCAAAUCAUUUAUUACUGGUAUUCCUAGCCAGUCACUGGUACAUACACCAAAUUUGUAUAAUCAAAAAAUUGAGGUACCAGAACACAUAUCCCUUCAUACAAAAACCAAACUACACAGAUCAAUAAUUACAUACAUUAGUGGUUAUGUAGGCCGAUUGUUAAUUAAAAAAUUUAAGGUCUGUGACACAUGUCAAAGGAAUUUACAAAUAUCAGACACUAAUUUUGAUCAUGACAUAAUUUUGGCAAGGAAGUACCAAAAUUGCAAAUUAGUUAUUCGUGGUAGUUAUUUAAAUGUUAUGGUUAGUAAUUGUUUAAAUAGUUUAUUUUAUUGGAUACCAAGAAUAGCGUAUGUCAAAGAUAUAAUAUAUCUUCUGUGUUGUCAUUUUUACUUAGAAAAAAUUUUAGUUUUUCACCUUUUAAUUGUAGUGAACAUAAUGUAGGAGAUGCCUUUGUAUCAUUAAUUGUGCGAUGUUGUUUA